AUGACUCGCAUCAACGAAAAGGAUCUCCUUGCCUUCAUCAUGCUAAAGACAGCCAAGGCGACGGAGCCAUACCCAAACAAGCGGAAUUUCAAGAAGUUCGGAUUCGAAACAGGAACGGACGCCUCGGAUUCUUCCUACUUCAACGUGUUCCGGAGAAUCGUCGACACUCUGGACACCGUAAGAAACUACAAUCUGGAGGAGAAGGCUCGGAUGUUGUUUAUGACGAGCACUUCGGUCGAGGAGGAUAUGCUGGAAGAGAUGAGGAAGAUUGCACGGAUUCGAGUGAACGACGAUUAUCAGAUCGUGUCGUAUCGAUCGAAAGAGGGAAAGAUGGCGUUUCAAGGACAUCCAAUAAAAUUGAAGAGAAGGAAGAAUGGAGGAAGAAAGGAGAGGAAGCAACAUCAUCCCGUAGAUGAGAAUUUGGAGGAGUCCGAUGGAGAAGAGGUGUGCGGAGCAGUUUUGGCGGGAAAAGAGGAUCCUGAAGGCAAUCAGGCUGUGAAGGCCGUUAAAAACCAUGAAGAGGUACUUGGAGCCGUUGGAAGCGAUGAAGAGGAUUCAGAAGACGCGGAGGUGCCUGCUUCAGAAGGCGAUCAAGCUGUUGAGGUCGCUGAAGAUUCAGAAAAUUCAUUAGCGGAAGACAUGCUGCAAGAAGAUGAGCAAAUGGAAGAUUCCGAAGACUUGGAGGAGCCAGAGCCACUGGGGGAUUCGGAGAUUCAGAAGAUCCUGGAGCCACUGGAGGAGCCACUGGAUGAGCCACUGAAGGAUUCGGAGAUUCAGAAGAUUCUGGAAGAUUCUAUCGAUGAGAACCCAGAAGAUGACCGUCAAGUGGAUAAGGAGGAUUCUGAAGGAAAAGAGGAGAUUCCCGAUAAAAUUUAUGGAGAUCUUGAUGAGAACGUAGCGCAACCAGGAGAUCUAGAGCUUGAUGAACUCGACGAGGACGUUCUUUUGAAUGAAGAGUUUGAAAAUAUGGAAGAUAUGGAAACCCUGGAUGAGCGUGCGUUGUUGGAUUUUGAUGGAGAAGACUUUGCUGAGAGAGAUUUUGGAGAAGGACCAGUGCCGGAGGACAUGGAAAUUGAUGAAAUUCCUGAAGCCUCCACACCGUCAACUUUUUUCGAUUUUUCAUUUGAUGACUCCACUGUAAACAACCUGUUGCUUGAAAAUGGAGAUUUAGGAAGCCUGGACAACGCUGUGCCGAAGAAUAUGGAGCCAGAGAAUUUGGAGAUUCUUGAGAUUUUCGACGAUGUCAGAGAAGAAGUCAAUGAAGGCGACUUCCAGGAACAGCCAAAUGAAGGAGAUAUCGAGGAUUUCGAAGAACCAAUUCCAGAAGAUGAGGAUUUACUAAAUGAAUCACUCAGUGAAUCACUAAAGGACUACAUGGAGAAUUUGACUGAUGAAGAACUUCUGGAAGCAGAUGAAAUCAAUGAUCAAGAUGAGAUGGAUUCCGACAUCCCUUUGGAUGAAUUGCGAAGUUUCGGUUCCUUAGCAGAGGAGACUAUGGAUGAUUCUGAAAAAGAUGACCAAUUGGAGCAUCAAGUUGUCUCCGAGACCCAAGAUGCACCAAGGAGAAAUCUCAAGCGAAAGUUGGAAUCCCGUGAAAAUGAGCCGAUUGCAAAAAAGAGGAUCCCUGGUGGAGAACACGAAUCAUGGAGCAAAUUUCACUCAUAUGUCAACAAUUUUGGAAAUGGAAACGAGACGGAGAAGGCGAUUUUGGCGAAUGAAGCAUUUUUGAAGUCUAUCGGUCAGGAAUUUCCAUUUUCGGGGAGAUCAAUGAUGGCGAAUAAGGUGCAAGUUGCAGUGCUUCAAAAGGAGGAUAGGGCGCCAGGUGUUCAAGUUAGCUUCAUAAGAUUGAAUAGAUUCCACGUUGCUUGGGUGAAGGCUCAGAAGCUUCGAGAGAUCGAGAAUUGUGCUCCGGAAGCCGUCAACGAACGCAAUUUUUUGGGAGCUGAAGAGUUUGAAGCCAUUCCACCACCAAAUGAGCAGAACGCUCCAGAAGCUGACGUCAAUGCACCGAGAGCUCUUGAACCAGCAGCUAGUCGCGAUUCUUUGGGAGCAUCAGAAGCUUCCCCAGAAGCUGCUUGUCCAGAUUCAGAAGAUCCAGAAUCCGAAGAUGUGAAGCCAGCCGUCUCGAGAGUCACCCCAAAGCCAGUGCGUCAGGAUUCAGGAUUCGAGGAGUCAGCAAUCAAAACAGAAUUACUGGACCAAGGAUAUCCAGGAGAAGCGCAGAACGUCCAGGAGACCGAACAGAACGAGAAUUGUGCAGAGAUUGCUCCAGAAGCCGUCUUGGGAGCAUCAGAAGCUCAGUCUGAGCGAUUUUCGCGAUUUGAGAUUCCACUGCCACUAGCUGAGACGUCACCAAGAGUCAUCUCAACACCUCCACGUCCUGCAGUCAAAACAGAGAUUCUGGACCAAGGAUUUCCAGGAGAAGCCGUUGUCGAUGCCUCUACUCCAAGUGCUACCGUAAUCCCACCAGAGCAGUCUGAAAUGAUUCCUCCAUCUGAUGACACUGAAUCUACUCAAGAUGUGAAGCCUGUCAUACCAAGAGUCAUCCCAACACCUCGAGCUGCCAAACCAGAAUUGCUAGAUCUUGUCGAUGCCUCUGCCCCAGCUGAUGUCAAACCUACCGUAUCUAGAAUCAUCCCAAAGUCGGAGCGUCUGGAUUCAGAAUACGAGGAGUCAGUUGUCAGGGACCAAGGAUACCCAGAUGAAGAUCUUCUCAGAGUGAAACCAGAGCACCUAUUCGAUGCAGGAUACCAGGAGGAGGAACCUUGUGAGCCCAUCUCCCCGAAACUCCUUACCAAUCGAUUUUUUGUGAAUUUGGAGGCGUUUUUCAAUGGUUUCCAGUCCAAUGAGUUUACUGGUCUCCUUCAAAAAGUUAGACAAGCCAAAGAGAAAGGAGAGACUCGUGGAUUCAGAUUCACCUCCGACCAGUUAUCAAUUGUUAUCGAUAUCUGUUUGACCUCAAUGGUGAAGAAAAGCAUGAAUGACGAGAUUACUCGGCAGUCGACAUUGAUCCCGUUUAUGAACGAGUUUUUGGAUGGCUUUUUGGGUGAAAUGAUGGCAAUCGGGUGUCCAAAGAUGACAAUGGCUGUCACGGAACAUGUGAAUUGCGAGAAAAAGCGGAUUAGCAAGGAGCAGCGAGUCAGAUACGGAAUAAUUAAUGCUCAUUUCUCCAAAAUGAUUGAUAAUUUGAUUAAUUAA